AGUUUUUUAAUGACAGAUUAAAUCACAGAUCAAAGCGUUGAUCUCAUUCCUCAAUGCAAGGAACUGGAUUUAGGACAGCCUUUUUUUUAUUUUUUAGAAUCACAUCAAUUUUAUAAAUCCAUUUAUCCCUUAUAGGUUUCAUCGAAUCAAGGUUGCUUAUGACAGCCAUCUCUACCUUCCUACUACCAAUUAGCGAUUACACAUAUCUUGGAUUAUAGAGCCAUAACUUUGCAACUGUGCAGCCCUUUUCUUCUAAUUCUUAAAACUAUGGCUUAUUAAGAUUUCAGAUCGUUUGGUGACCAAACUUGUUUAAUAUUCUAUGAUGUUGAGAACCGCAUUCGAGUCUUAACUAGCAGCAGCUCGUCAUAAAGACAACUAUAUAAUAUCUAAAUUGAAGGUUUACUUCACAUUUAACAUACUGCGAAUGCAAAUUAAUUCCCAUUUAUAGGUAGAUAGUUAAAAUAUCAUUUGAAAGGGGAUGGAUACAUUUUAGAAAUAAAGCAACCCUUGUUUCUAAACCUAAAUGAAUAACUGAGCAAUGACUGACUGAAAUGUUAUGAAAUUUUGUAUUGCUAUAGCAACUGUCAUGAGUGAAGUUUUUAAAACAAAAUUAUCGAAAGCACAUUUGUAUUUGAUAAAGUAAAAUAAAAAAUGUCUUUUGCAUUUAAAUCAAACUAUCCUCAAAUUGCAAGAGAAUCAGGAUUCAAACUUCGUCAAUUUAAAGAUGGCCCGAUAGAUUGGCGAUUAGUAGGGUCAAUGGAAGUAGAUCGAAUUCUUCGUGAGCAACAAUUCGAGCAUAUUGAUGCGAUUCUUUUUCAUCUUUCCGAAGCUCCAUUGUCAUCAAUGUUAGAUAGUAAUGUCUUAGAUAGCGGUGUAGCAAAAUAUUUUAUCCUUUCGCAACUGGCUCUACAGUAUUUGAUUUUUUGCCGAAAAUUUCUUGAUGAAUCAGUGAGAACACUUCGUGACAACAAUAUUAAACUAGAAACUCAAAAUCUUCAUUUAAAAACAAUCAACCAAGAGCAAACGAAUGAUAUCGUACAUCUCCAUAAAAAAUUAAGUCAAGUUGAAGCUAUCCAUGAAAUAGUUUUUCCAUGUCACAUUUGUACAAAAAACUUCGUGAGCAACGAUGCACUCAAUGUCCAUUUGAGUAAAAAACAUUUGAAAAGUCCAUCAAUUGUUGAAAUCCAAGGAAAAGACAACGAUCAAACAUUAAUUAAUACCAUCAAAUUAGAACUGGAAAUAAAGCAGCUAAAAGAGCGACUUAACAUUGCUGAAAAAGACAUUCGAGAAGCAAGUGAAAUUAAGAGGGUAUCUCCCAGAGAAAUAAUCAAGAUAAGUUCAAGUACCCAGACUGACAUCCAAACUCGAGAUUUUUCAACUCAAAAAGAAUUGGAUGAAACAAAAAAAAGAAAUUCUGCAAAUACAGAAGAUAUUGGAACUCAAUGCAAUUUAUUUGAAAAGAAAGAAUUCGAUUGUACUGAAAACGAAGAUAUAAGAAAACAAAAUACUUUGAAUGUACAAAAGCAGGUUGAUUCCGUUGUAAAUAAGGAUUUUGAAGUUCUCUUUGAAAUACAGGAAAAAAUAUCAAAGUUAGAAGCAUUUCAAGAAACAUCCAUCAGUUGUAACCAGCAGUCCAUUAAUGAAAUAAAGUUUAAAUUGAGUGAGAUAACUGAAUUUCUUGAAUUGCAAAAAAAGCAAAUUGCAGAAAAUGUGGAAGCAAAAGAUUCUAAUUUACCUUCAACAUCUGUAGAUGAACUACAAAGAAUCUUAUCGAAUAUGUUGUCUGAAGUUUCUCAAAUAAAUUCUGAAAAUAUUAACAAAAUUAUUGCUAGGAUAGAAAAAACGUAUGAAGAAAAAUUAUCUUUACUUAAAAUAGAGCAUGAUAAAAAGAAAACAAUUCAAUCUAACUCCAAAAUUGAUGCGGUUGGAUCUCGUUUGAUUAGUGUGGAUUCUAAAAAACCAAAAGAUGAAUCUGGUGAAGAGAAACUAUCAUCUGUGCACAUAAGUCAAAGAACAUACAGUGUUGAGGGAUCAAGCAAACAUACUUCAAGUGAUUCACAAUCUGAUAGUUAUAGUUCUAUUAAUACUCGCCAAAGUGAAGUUAGACAGUUACCUGUUUUAAAAAAGCAAAAGGUUUUGGAACGUUCGAAAGCCUUAAAAAAGCUUGGAAAUAAAAUGGAAUUUUUUGGUUUGAAUAUAAACUCUAAAAACAUAUCUGCACCCGAGGCAACAAGAAUUUCGUCACAUUUAAUAGAACAACGAAAUACCACCAAGAAGACAUACCCAACGUUUUCCACAACUAGAAAUCGACUGAACAAAUUAGUUGAUCUUCUUGUAUCUGAAAAUUCCUUAUAUUCCGAUAUGGUUGAAAAACAAAAAACCCAAAAAGGAAACGAACACAAGAAACUAGAUGAAACCAAUGCGUACAAAAAGCGCCUAGAAAAGAUUUUAAAGUCACCAAUAAAGAAGCCAACAAGUUACGUUUCACAUCAUACCCAUACGAAAUCUGAAAUCAAACCUGUCCCAAUGCCAAGGAAACAAGUCAUGUUUCAUACUGAAAAUAAAGGAAACCUCUAAAUUUUAAAAAUUAUUAUGAAAAUAUAAAAAUAUUGUAUUUUAAAGAUAAUAAAGAUACAGGACUUAAAUGA